GUGUGAAGCGCAGGACCGUAAUGUUGCUGGCUUUCUAUGCAAGCUGAAUGACAGAUGCUUUAUUUUGAUCUACCAUCACUAGAGAUGGAGUUUUCUUGCAGUCAUGUUGUGUGUAACUGGAAGUCUGAGAGCUUAACAGAAGAUGAAGCUAAAGUCUCAAAUCAAGGUUUUGCCUCCACUCUUCCCUGUGGUCUGUCCAGAGCUCAGUCUGUCUCCGAUCAUCCUUACGACAACCGCGUUACCUUUGUUCAGAAACCAGCUCCAUUGAUGGCUCCUCCACCUGUACCGCCCCGUAACAUACAAAGGAGAGACACUCUCUGUAGCGCACUCCCACCACCAUUACCACCGAGAGGUCUGGAAAAUAAUGGAGAGACUCAACUUAAAGCUAAUGUAAAUGUAGUGUCGCUAAAAGUGGGAAGCCUCGUGGACAUUGGUAAAGCAUCUGCUAUACAGAGCAGCCAGAAACCAGUGCGUUGUGGGAAAUGCAAUGCCAUCAUGUCCUCGGCAAGCAGCCCAGAGACACACCAGAAAACAAUAAUAUGGAGCUGUGAGUUUUGUGGGAAGGAGAACGUUUACCCCCAGACUACACUGAAGGGCGGCCGGUUUCCUUUGCGCAAUCCUCCAGGCAGGGAUAUACUUUACUUGGACGAAGAUGAGGACACAGAUUAUGAGAAUCUAGACGACAUGCUUAUUGUCCUGUGCGUGGACAUUUCCGGAAGUAUGAGCGUCACUUCUGAGAUCUCUCCCGGUAACAGCACACGAUCACCCACAUAUGUUUCUCGACUGCAGGGAGUCCAAGAAGCUCUUCAGAUGGUGCUGACCUCCCUGCAGAAAACCUCACCUCACCGAAGAGUGGCACUGGUGACGUUUAACAAUGAGGUGACAGUAUAUGGUGAUGGCACAAAGGUUCCUCUCACUCUGAGAGACUGGGCACUGCUGGACUAUGACUAUCUGAAGAAGGAGGGUGGGAACUACAGCACCCCUCACUGCAUUGCAGAGACAAUCCAACCUCUCACCCAGAAAAUCAAAGAACUCAGAGAGCAUGGAGCCACAGCACUGGGACCCGCUGCCCUCAUCUCUGUUGCCAUGGCAUCUCAGUUCACAGGGUCAAAAGUUAUAAUUUGCACAGAUGGGCAGGCCAACAUAGGCUUAGGCCAAUUAGAUCAAGAGUCUUCCCAUUGCCCCACCCCCUCGCCUUAUUUUUACAACCAGUUAGCCCAUUAUGCUGCUGAAAAAGGUGUGAUAGUGUCCGUGAUGACCUUUGAAGGAGAGGACUGUCGUUUGGCAGAGGUUGGGAGGUUGGCUGAUCACACAGGAGGCAGAAUAAAUAUUGUAAAUAUUGGUACAGUUGCCACAGAGAUUCAGAGCGCUAUAGCUGACAAUGUCCUAGCAACUAGCGUUAUGGCAACACUGCUGGCACCGGAUGGCAUGUACUUCCCCUAUGAGGAGGAUAAUCAUAGGUUAGUACGAGAGAUUGGCAACGUAACAGAUGGUGUUGAGAUCACCUUCCAGUUUGCAGUCAGACCAGAAAAAGUUGAAAGUAAGCACAAAAUAUACAGUGCAAUCAAAAGAAAAUGAAUUGAAACAAUGCAUGUUUAAGCAUUUUUAUAUGGAACACAAAAUGUAGAAUUUUUAAAUGUGCGUUGGGUGUGGGCAGGCAGUUUAAAUAUGUCUGUGUUGGGCGUUCACUGUGCCCAGCUGUGUGCCAGGCUGACUAUGGAGGGCCGGGUACAGGAAGCACAGAGACAACUCAGAGCUCAGCAGGACCUUCUCAAAGACAUCAGUCAACAGAAGCCGAGCCCUAAAGAAGAGAGUAUCUAUGGGAACUGGAUCAGCACCAUGAGUAUGAUCUGUGAAGACCUCACUACUGUCAACCAGAACACAGCAGAAACUGACACCAUACCAGCAUCCCGAACACCUUCCGCUGCGAGUCUCUCGGAUGCGGCGGCCAAGGUGGUCUACCAAAUGAAGAGAGCAAAGAGCGUGAGCGGAAAGGGACAGAGAGUUGCCAUGCUGGAGCACUGAGCUCAGAUGUCACCUAGACUCAUGAGCGAUCAUUUACAUGUGAAACCAGUCAUAUAGGCUGCUAUAUCAAUCUCAAAUUAUGGGCAAUGAAUACUGCUUGGAAUAUAUGCAAUAUAAAAUAUUUGCAAACUAUGAGUCGAUAACCUAGUAUCCAGCUGGUGAGUUUCUUGUCAUGCCAUCACUGCUGUAUUUAUCUUUGGCUGGUCUGUGCAUUUCAAACAAUUUUGCGUGAGUAACUUGGGUAAAUGUAUGUCAAAUUACCAGCUUAGAUACUAGGGACUGUAUUAAUAAAUAUAAUG